UAUUCAAAAUCUACUUAGAGAAUACUUGAAAGAACAUUAUGAACCAGAAAAUUUUUCUCCUAAUGAAUUAAAUAGUAUUGACCAUGUAAUAAAGUAUUUUGAUUAUCUGCUCAAAAAUCAUCGACUACCAAGUGAUAUUCUUAGAAAGUCGAUUGCAAAAAAUGAAGAGUUAGAAAGAUUUCUAAAAUCCGCUGGCGUUUUAUCUGAUGAUAAUUGGGAUUCAAAAGAUAAAAUUUCCAAGGGUUGGGAUCAAUAUACAAUUGAAUCAGCACUUGAAAAACUUAACAAAUGGAAAAAUGAAAAGCAAAAAGAUGAAUCAAUUGUUAUAAAUUCGGAUUAUGAAUUUAUUACUAACUCGUCAUCAGAACCACCAGGUUUUAAAGUGAUGAGAAUUCACAAGAGUUGGCAGCCCUUAAUGGGCGAAAAAAUAAAAAUAUUAAUGGCAGGAGACUACAUUAGAAUACGUAAACUCGUCCCAACCCCGAAUGUUUCUGAAAUUCAGCCUGAAAUUC